AUGCCGGCUUCUGUGCCGCUGAAAUGCGUCGUGAAUUCAACUGAAAAUCUACAUUCUGACAGCAAUGCAAGCUUUCUCCGAGCUGCCAGAGCUGGCAAUCUGGACAAAGUAGUGGAAUACCUGAAAAGCGGAAUAGACAUUAACACAUGUAAUCAGAAUGGACUCAAUGCUCUGCACCUGGCAGCUAAAGAAGGCCAUGUGGGACUGGUACAAGAGUUAUUGGAAAGAGGGUCGGCUGUGGAUUCUGCCACUAAGAAAGGGAAUACAGCCCUGCACAUUGCAUCCUUAGCAGGACAAGCUGAAGUUGUCAAAGUUCUGGUUAAGGAAGGAGCCAAUAUUAAUGCACAAUCUCAGAAUGGCUUUACUCCUUUAUACAUGGCAGCUCAAGAGAACCACAUCGAAGUGGUGAAAUAUCUCCUGGAGAAUGGAGCCAACCAAAGCACAGCUACCGAGGACGGUUUCACUCCUCUAGCUGUCGCGUUGCAACAAGGACACAACCAAGCGGUGGCCAUCCUCCUAGAAAAUGACACCAAGGGGAAAGUGCGAUUACCAGCUCUGCAUAUCGCCGCUAGAAAAGACGACACCAAAUCGGCGGCGCUCUUGCUGCAGAACGACCACAACGCCGACGUGCAGUCCAAGAUGAUGGUGAAUAGGACGACUGAGAGUGGCUUUACACCUUUGCAUAUAGCCGCGCACUACGGAAAUGUCAACGUGGCAACGCUUCUGCUAAACCGAGGAGCUGCAGUCGAUUUCACAGCAAGGAAUGGAAUCACCCCACUGCAUGUGGCUUCCAAAAGGGGAAACACAAACAUGGUGAAGCUCUUGUUGGAUCGCGGAGGGCAGAUCGAUGCCAAAACCAGGGAUGGACUCACCCCACUCCACUGUGCUGCACGAAGUGGACAUGACCAAGUUGUGGAGCUGCUCCUGGAACGAGGUGCCCCGCUGCUUGCACGGACCAAGAAUGGACUCUCUCCGCUUCACAUGGCGGCCCAGGGGGACCACGUGGAUUGCGUCAAACACCUCCUGCAGCACAAAGCUCCCGUGGAUGAUGUCACGCUGGAUUACCUGACCGCCCUCCACGUGGCCGCGCACUGCGGCCACUAUCGUGUCACCAAACUCCUCCUGGACAAGAGAGCAAAUCCCAAUGCUCGUGCCCUGAAUGGUUUUACUCCACUGCACAUUGCCUGCAAGAAAAAUCGCAUCAAAGUCAUGGAACUCCUGGUGAAAUAUGGGGCUUCAAUCCAGGCUAUAACAGAGUCGGGCCUCACACCAAUACACGUGGCUGCAUUUAUGGGCCACUUGAACAUAGUCCUCCUUCUGCUGCAGAACGGAGCCUCUCCCGAUGUCACUAACAUUCGUGGAGAAACUGCGUUGCACAUGGCGGCACGUGCUGGGCAGGUGGAAGUAGUUCGCUGCCUCCUGAGAAAUGGGGCCCUGGUUGAUGCUCGAGCCAGGGAAGAACAGACCCCACUGCACAUUGCUUCUCGCUUGGGUAAAACGGAGAUCGUCCAACUCCUGCUACAGCACAUGGCCCACCCUGACGCCGCAACAACUAACGGGUACACUCCGCUGCACAUCUCUGCCAGAGAGGGACAAGUCGAUGUCGCGUCCGUUCUUCUAGAGGCAGGUGCCUCGCACUCCAUGUCCACCAAAAAGGGAUUCACACCUUUGCAUGUGGCGGCCAAAUAUGGGAGCCUGGAAGUGGCAAAACUCCUGCUGCAGCGUCGUGCCUCUCCCGAUUCAGCUGGCAAGAACGGCCUCACUCCCCUCCAUGUGGCGGCCCAUUACGACAACCAGAAGGUAGCGCUGCUGCUGCUGGAGAAGGGCGCCUCACCUCACGCGACCGCCAAGAAUGGAUACACCCCUCUGCAUAUUGCUGCCAAGAAAAAUCAGAUGCAGAUAGCUACCACGCUGUUGAACUAUGGGGCUGAGACCAACAUUCUGACCAAGCAGGGAGUCACCCCGCUUCACUUGGCCUCCCAAGAAGGUCACGCUGACAUGGUAACCUUGCUUUUGGAGAAAGGAGCCAAUAUCCACGUGGCCACAAAGACUGGCCUGACAUCCUUACACCUUGCAGCUCAAGAGGAUAAAGUGAAUGUAGCUGAAAUACUCACAAAACACGGUGCGAACCAGGACGCUCAGACAAAGCUCGGUUAUACACCUUUAAUUGUGGCGUGUCACUAUGGAAACAUCAAAAUGGUGAAUUUUCUUCUCAAGCAGGGAGCAAAUGUCAAUGCUAAAACAAAGAAUGGGUACACCCCUCUUCACCAAGCUGCUCAGCAAGGCCACACUCACAUCAUUAACGUCCUUCUCCAACAUGGGGCCAAGCCCAACGCCAUCACCACUAAUGGGAACACUGCCUUAGCUAUUGCAAGGCGCCUGGGAUAUAUCUCAGUGGUCGAUACGCUGAAGGUUGUAACGGAGGAGAUUACUACCACCACAACUACUGUAACAGAGAAGCACAAGCUAAAUGUACCUGAGACAAUGACUGAGGUCCUGGAUGUUUCAGAUGAAGAAGGUGACGACACGAUGACAGGAGAUGGAGGAGAGUACCUCAGGCCAGAAGACCUCAGAGAACUAGGAGAUGACUCUUUACCAAGCAGCCAGUUCUUAGAUGGUAUGAACUACCUAAGGUACAGCUUGGAAGGAGGACGAUCUGACAGCCUGCGGUCCUUCAGUUCAGACAGGUCCCACACGUUGAGCCAUGCCUCCUACCUGAGGGACAGUGCCAUGAUCGACGAUACGGUCGUAAUCCCCAGCCAGCAGGUAACAACUCUGGCCAAAGAAGCUGAAAGGAAUUCAUAUCGCUUAAGCUGGGGCCCUGAAAACUUGGACAAUGUGGCUCUUUCUUCCAGCCCUAUUCAUUCAGGAUGCUCUUCUCCAUGUCUUGAUCAUGACAACAGCAGCUUCCUAGUUAGUUUCAUGGUGGAUGCUCGCGGGGGUGCCAUGAGAGGUUGCAGACAUAAUGGACUACGAAUCAUUAUCCCUCCGCGGAAAUGCACUGCUCCCACGCGAGUGACUUGCCGGUUGGUGAAACGCCACAGACUGGCCACCAUGCCUCCCAUGGUGGAAGGCGAAGGUCUGGCCAGCCGCCUGAUUGAAGUUGGACCUUCUGGUGCUCAGUUCCUUGGUAAACUUCAUCUGCCUACGGCUCCUCCCCCACUUAAUGAGGGAGAAAGCUUGGUCAGCCGAAUCCUUCAGCUGGGGCCUCCUGGGACCAAAUUCCUUGGGCCUGUGAUUGUGGAGAUUCCCCAUUUUGCUGCUCUGCGUGGGAAGGAGAGAGAGCUGGUGAUACUGCGCAGUGAGAACGGGGACAGCUGGAAGGAGCAUUUCUGUGAAUACACUGAGGACGAACUGAAUGAAAUCUUGAAUGGGAUGGAUGAAGUACUUGACACUCCAGAGGAGCUCGAGAAGAAACGUAUCUGCCGCAUCAUCACCCGAGAUUUCCCUCAGUACUUUGCGGUGGUAUCCCGGAUCAAACAGGACAGCAACCUUAUCGGACCUGAGGGAGGUGUGCUGAGCAGCACUGUGGUACCACAAGUGCAGGCAGUCUUCCCAGAAGGGGCUCUAACCAAACGAAUUCGCGUUGGCCUCCAGGCUCAACCUAUGCAUACUGAACUUAUAAAGAAGAUUUUAGGCAACAAGGCUACCUUCAGUCCUAUAGUCACGCUGGAGCCCAGGAGAAGGAAGUUCCAUAAACCCAUCACCAUGACGAUUCCCGUUCCCAAGGCCUCCAGUGAUGGGGUCAUGAACGGUUACGGAGGCGACACACCCACUUUAAGGUUACUAUGCAGCAUAACAGGAGGAACCACCCCUGCCCAAUGGGAAGACAUCACUGGAACAACACCACUGACAUUUGUUAAUGAAUGCGUUUCCUUCACGACAAACGUCUCUGCCAGAUUUUGGUUGAUAGACUGUCGACAGACACAAGAAUCUGUUACUUUUGCUUCCCAAGUGUACAGAGAGAUUAUCUGUGUCCCCUACAUGGCCAAAUUUGUGGUGUUUGCCAAAUCACAUGAUCCCAUCGAAGCACGGUUAAGAUGUUUUUGCAUGACAGAUGACAAGGUGGAUAAAACUCUAGAACAACAAGAAAAUUUCGCUGAAGUUGCCAGAAGCAGGGAUGUAGAG